CCACUGAGGCUUCCUUACAGGAAAUACUAACUGCGAGGAGGAGGGGCUGAAGCGCCGCUGAAGGUUAUUUACAAACCGGAGACUCGCUGAGAAGUGGAGUUUAACUCGACAAAAUAAAAGGGGGUUUGUUUUGUCAGGGUUAGCGCAUCCUAAGGAGAGGAAGAUGGGGAACACCAGCAGCGAGCGGCAGGGGGACCCCAAGUCCCAACGGAGGGACAGCAGGGGCGGGUACUCCAAAGACGGGGACCAGCCGAAGAUACUGAUGGACAGCCCAGAGGAUGCAGACAUCUUCCAUGCGGAGGGGCUGAAGGCUCCGUUAGAGAAGGAGGAGUAUCUCGCCUGGAAGCAUGACCUGGAGGUGAGUGACAAAGCCCCGACUCACGACAGGCCCACGGUGUUUCGCUGGACUGGAGGCGGGAAGGAUGUAUUCCUAGCAGGGUCCUUCAAUAACUGGAACAACAAAAUCCCUCUCACCAAGAGUCAUAAUAACUUCGUAGCUAUCCUGGACCUGCCAGAAGGAGAGCACCAGUACAAGUUCUAUGUAGAUGGGCAGUGGACACAUGAUCCCUCCGAGCCAGUGGUGACCAACCAACUGGGAACAGUGAACAACGUGAUCCAGGUGAAGAAGACGGAUUUCGAAGUGUUUGACGCCCUGAUGGUCGACUCCCAGAAGUGUUCUGAUAUGUCGGAGGUGCAGACAGCUAGUGAGCAGGGAAGUUUCAGCACAAAUCUGCCAAACGAAGCCGUCAGUUUUGCAAACUUGUCGAGCUCUCCUCCCGGCCCGUACCUCCAGGACGCCUACAUCAGCAAACCAGACGAGCGCUUCAAGGCUCCUCCCAUCCUCCCUCCUCACCUGCUGCAGGUCAUCCUCAACAAGGACACGGGCAUCUCUUGUGAUCCUGCAUUGCUGCCUGAACCUAACCACGUGAUGCUAAAUCACCUGUAUGCCCUUUCCAUCAAGGACGGUGUGAUGGUUCUCAGUGCCACUCAUCGAUACAAGAAGAAGUAUGUAACGACUCUGCUGUACAAACCUAUAUGAAUCCUGAAGUCCUGCCCCCCUUGACUGAUUUGAUCCAGAUGGAAACACACAGAGGGAUCAAGCUCUGCUUUUCAGCGUUUAGCCAACGUUCUUGCAUUCCAGUUUGGCGGCUGCUUUAAUUUUCAUCUUCCAAACCCCGCAGUCUGACUGAAGCAGGCAGCUGAUGCUACUCUCUGAAACUUACCACCAGAUCUCUGAAGUACCGACGAGGUCAAGACGCCAUGCCUGGAUCCUUUUCAAACUCUUUCCAUUCAAGUAUUCUCUUUCGUUCCAGGGAGGAAAAGACUGAUGCCAGUUUAAAACCCUUUUCUACAUAUCCUGUGGUGCUCAACAGCUUGAUCGAGUGCAUUAGACAUGCACAUGUGAUUUUUUUUUACAUCAGAUUAUUAUUGUAGUUUUGGCCAGUGUUCCUGUUGUAUUUUCUCUUGAAUUUUCUUAAGGAGAUAUAAUAAACACUCUCCAGUAGGACCAGCUUUAAAUGGACUUGGCUAUAUUAUAUCUGUAUAGACUGAUUUAAUCAUCGUUUUCCUUUAAGGGAGAGAAGAAAAAUUAAAAUUCCUUUGUUUAGACGACUGACUAACUUUUCACCUAAAUGUAAUUUGUUGUUAUGGUGAAGGAUAGUUUUACAGAUGUUUUAUUAAAAUGCACUAUAUAAACCAAAUAUGUUAUUAUACAUGUACAACUAGUUUAGUAAAAAAAAAAAAAAAAAAAAUCUAUGUAACAGCCAGUUAAUUAUGUGUUCCUGUUCCAAUGAAGUCGUUUUUCAACGCUGCGUGCACAAUGCAAGUUUAAAUGUAUAACUAAAAGGUGAGUAAACUGCACUUUAAAUUGA